AUGUCCUUCUCCUCCACCCACGCCGAUCGUAUCAACGAGGUCCUCAAGUCCUCGACCCAAGACCCCCACAAGGGCAUCCCCCGUGUCGUGCUGCUUGUCGCCUCCUCGGAAUCCCCACUCAUCUUCUCCUCGAGUGCAGGCUAUGCGCAACUCCCCGACUACCCCGCGACGCAAGAAGACUUGGACAAGGCAGAAAAGAUAACUCCCGACUCGGUGUUUGAGCUCUGGAGUUGUACCAAGCUCGUUACGUCGAUCGCGACGUUGCAGUUGAUUGAGAAGGGACAGAUCGGCCUCGAUGACGAUGUCACCAAGUACCUCCCCGAAGUCAGGGACGCCAAGAAGUACAAGGGAUUAGACAAGGAUGAUAAAGCUUUGACGGAGGAACUGAAGACCACGCCCACGAUCAGGAUGCUUCUGUCUCACACUGCUGGGUGAGUGAUCGCUUCCCCACUUCUUCGUCGGCCUCCGGGGAUUCGAUUCCGGGCAGAGGAGCGAGUGACACGUCGACGCUGACCCCUCGAAAUCAUCCCCUAGACUUACCUAUGAGCUCACACCUGCACAUGCUGAAGCUCAAAAGGCUCUUGGCCUGCCCAACGUCUACUCACGAGCCUCGUCCAAGGUUCGUUCCUCCGCUCGCAACCCCACUCGUGAUGUGUUCGUCGGAGCAGCGUUCGCGGCAAAGUGCUGACUAAUGGCCAAUCUCGCGAUCAUUGCAGGAAUCCCUUUUAGCGAUGCCAUUUAUCUAGUGAGUGAUUGCAUGUGUCGGCUUCUGUUGAUCUGACAAAUCAAAGUCGUGCUGUUCCUUUCAAUUACAGCGAACCUGGAACGGUCUGGUCAUACGGCACGGCGAUCGACUACCUGGCACUUACGAUCGAAGCUGUGACGGGUGGGUCGUUGAUCGAUUACUUCAAGAAAAACGUUUUUGGGUAUGUCUCCGAGCUUGCUUGCACGUGGCAGCUGCUUUGAUUUCGGGUCCUUGUGCCACCAAUGGAAACUGCUGACCCCCACUGCACCCCCACCUCUUCCUUCUCUCGCCUCUAAGACCUCUUGGCAUCAGUGACAUGUCGUAUGCACCCCCAUCAAACCGCAUCAACAUGGCCUACGAUGAUCCUGCCAACCCUUCAGCACCCUGGAAAGCAGGACCUGGCUCGACUCUCAAGGAGAAUCGAGGAGGCGCCGGUCUUUUUGGCUCCCCCGCUUCGUACCUCAAGAUCGUCCGAACCCUACUCGGCGACGGUCAACCCCUUUUCCAAAAGACCGAAACGGUAGAGAAGAUGUUCGAGGAUCAGACUGCGGGCUCGGAAAGAUUCCAGACGUCGAUGAAUCAGUUCAUGGCGCUUGGUUCGGACCCGUUCUUCGGCGAAGCCGAGCAGGCCGGACACGGCUUGGGAGGUGCCCUGACCGGGGCCAGGCACGGGGGAGGGAGAUCAAAGGGUACCCUCAGCUGGAGUGGAUACUGCGUAAGUGAUCACCGAUAAUUUUGCGUCGGCAGUACGAAUCGCGCACCUUCUUCGCUCCCUCAAGUGGCGCCGGACUAAGUAUCUCUUCGCCCUCAGAACACCUUCUGGGUCGCCGAUCGCAAUCAAGGUGUCGCCUACGUCUUUUUCACCAACUCUACGCCUACCUUUGCCCAUCCGAGAAUCUUUGGCCUAUGGGAGAAGAUCGAAAAGGAUAUCUUCGACGGUGCACUUCAAGGUCGUAGAUCCGGCUCGAGGCGGCAAACAACGCUUUGA